UGUUGUCAAGAAGUGCCAGACAAUAUUCAUAGAAACAUGAGUGAUAGGGAUUUCUUUUUAAUUACAAUAGUUUAUCCUGUCACUUAUCAUCCUAUUCCAUCUUCUCUAAGUUGAUUUGCCAACUCCUUUUGUCACUCACUUCUGAACAUUAGUUUUGUUUCAGCAAUGGGAGAUGAGGUGAUUCUGUUGAAUUUCUGGUUAAGCCCUUAUGGGAUGAGGGUCCAGAUUGCACUAGAGGAAAAGGGCAUCAAGUAUGAGAACAGAGAAGAGGACUUAAGCAACAAGAGCUCUUUACUCCUCCAAAUGAACCCAGUUCAUAAGAAAAUACCAGUUCUCAUCCACAAUAGCAAACCCAUUUGUGAGUCACUGAUUGCUGUUGAGUACAUUGACGAGGUUUGGAAUGAACAAUCUCCCUUGUUGCCUUCUAAUCCUUACCAGAUAGCACAAGCAAGAUUCUGGGCUAACUAUGUUGACACUGUGGUAUAUAAGCAUGCCACAAGGUUUUGGAUAACUGAAGGAGAAGAGAGAGAGGCUGCUGGGCAAGAAUUUUUGGAGAGUCUGAAGUUAUUAGAAAAACAACUUGGGGAUGAGCCUUAUUUUGGUGGAAACAACUUUGGUUUCGUGGAUGUUGCACUUGUUCCUUUGUUCUGUUAUUUUUAUACUUUUAGCUUAUAUGGCAAUUUCAUCAGCGAGGCACAGUACCCCAAAAUCAUUUCUUGGGCCAGGAGGUGCAUCCAAAGAGAGAGUGUGUCCAAAAGUUUUCCCCAGGAGCAGAUGGUCAAAGAGUAUAUUUCCCAGAAGAGAAACAAAGGGUAG